GUGAAUGCCAAAAUCGGGUCAAGUGUACGUGGAUUUUUGACGACUUUCACGACACCGACACGGCAAACAAAUUGAAAAUUAGUUAUAUUAUUAGUGUAAAUAGUAAACAAUGCACAACAACUAUUAGAAUAUAACAGAGGCAAGCGGUAAACGUGCGAGAGUAUUCAUAUUCAUAUAUAUUUUGUACAAGAAAACGGCCAAGCAAUUUAAUUAAAUGCUCCUGACUCAGUGCUGCUGAUAAAAGCAACCACAACAAAAACAAAACGAAAAUUAAACGACGCUCGAUAAUUAUUAAUUAUUGAUAAUGGCACCCACACGCAGACCCAGCGAUGGUCUGCUGGCCCGUGUCAAUUUUCCACUCUACGCGGUCGACAUGCUGACCAGUCGCCACAUCUUGGUUGCCGGCGGCGGCGGUUCCAGCAAAACAGGCGUAGCAAAUGGCUUUGAAAUCUACGAGCUCUACCACAAUGGCAGCCACUUUUGUGCGGAGGAGGUGCUGCGUCACGAGACGGGCGCCAAUGUGGUGAUGAAUUUUGCCGUGCGGAACAGUGGACGUCGGGCGUAUUUGUGUGCCGGUCAGGAGGCGCAUUGUCAGAUGUACUUUGUGCAACCGCGGCUGGAGAGUGAGAACGAUGGCAGUCAGGAGAAGAAGUCAACGCCCGUGGAGCGUCCCCAUGAGAAUGGAGUGCGACAACGGGGCGCCGCACAUUCGGGUGUGGAGGCGCUGCCCAAUGGACACAACAGAAACAAUAAUGCGACAACAGCAGCGGACAUACUGAAGCAGUUCCAACGUCUGCAUUUCGACAUUCAGGCGGCGGAUGUGGUGCAAACGGAUUUUCUAAGCAAUGCGGAGCCAUUGCAGCGUGUGGUGCGCAUCAGCGGCAAUGGACGUCUGAUGGCCACCGGCGGCACCGAUGGACAGUUGCGAAUUUGGACAUUUCCACAGAUGCAGCUUAGCUCAACGUUGCCGGCGCAUAAUAAGGAAAUUGACGAUCUGGAUUUUAGUCCCGACUGCAAAUACAUUGUGAGCAUUUCGAAGGAUGCACAGGGCGUUGUUUGGGAUCUCAAUACGGGCAAAAUGCAUCACAAGCUGCAAUGGCAGACGCCAGAAGGAGCCAAGUAUUUGUUCAAGCGUUGCCGCUAUGGAACCGUGGAGGCACACAAAGACAACUACAGACUGUUUACAAUUGCCAAUCCGCUUGGCAAAGUGGGCAAGCAACGGGGUUUCCUACAGCAAUGGGAUUGUACAAAUGGACAGCUGCGUACAGCGGUGCCCAUCGAUGAGAGCUUGGCCUCUCUAGCCGUCCGGGAUGAUGGACGCUUUGUGGCCGUGGGCACCAUGUUCUCGGGCAGCGUAUCCAUAUACAUCGCGUUUAGUCUGCAGCGUGUGCUGCAUGUUCCCCAUGCUCACUCCAUGUUCGUGACCGGGCUGCAAUUUCUGCCCAUUACCAAUGAAGAGGGUCCGCCCAUUUCCAGCGACACCGAGGCAGCGGUACUCUCUAUAUCUGUGGACAAUAAAGUUUGCAUACACAGUCUGCCGCAGCGGCGUACAAUUCCUGCUUGGCUUGCCAUUGUAUUCAUGAUCGUCAUGAUAUUCGUCGUGUUUGUAUUGUGCUCCUACAUAGGCAUCUGAAGACUGUCGACCAGCUAAAUCAAUUUGCAUUAUUAGUACAUAAACAGUGUUUAGUUCUUUUUUAAAUAGGGCCCCCACCACUCCAUCUACCCCAUUGUAACCCCACGUUUAACUAGACCUGAUAAUUAUUUUAAGUGUAUAGUUUGUUUUUGUGCCGGUUGCAUUAUCUCGUGUGCUCACUGUAAUUUGCUUUAAUUGUAUCAUAUUCUGUCCCCUACACACCUCUUUUGCAUCUUUCUCAAAUUUAUCGUUAUUCGUUAGCAUUGCUAGUUGUAAAUGAAUUUUAAAUUAGCUUGCAAUCGAAUUGAUAUAUACAUGAUUAUUUAAAGUUAUUAAUAAAUAAAAACAGGUGAAUGAACUGUGGAUAUAUAUAGCAAUAAAUGGAAUAUACAUGACACAAAUAUGUAA